GCAGUAAGGUCACCCCGACACAGGUCUUGGUGGUGGCAGUAAUGCAUCUUAAACAUCGCUUGUCGUCGUCACAAAAGAAGAGAAGACGAGUGCAGUAGGUGCUUCUCCUCCAAAAUGAUGAACUAUUCUGACUACGACUCUGAUGGAUAUUCGUCUAAUGAAGAUGCAGACUACGUCCCAUCAGAUGAGAAUCUCAGUGAGGAUGACAUUAAUGAGUGUGAAAAGGAAGACCCUCUGCAUGAGCAUGAUGAUGUGCCACAUCCUGACUCUGUCAGCCAGAAAAAGAGGAAAAAAAUGGACAUUGUUAUAAAAAAGAGGAAGAAAGGAGCUCUAAAAGUAGACGAGGAAGAGAAGGGUGGAAGUGGAGCACACGAGUCACAAUCACCACAGGAAGAGGUGGAAAAACCAUCUACCCAGGUAGAGAAAAAUGAUGAUGCAAUACAGAAGAAAAAAUCAGACGAUCUCUGGGCAAGUUUUCUGUCUGAUGUUGGAUACAGACCCAAAGAGUGCACACCUGUGUCACAAUCAAGUACCACACACAAGGAUGAUUCCACUGUAUUGAAGGUUGCUUGUCUAAGCACAGAAACAAAAGCAUCAGAACGUGCAAAAGUUACGAUUACUAAAGUUUAUGACUUCGCUGGAGAAGAAGUUAGGGUGAAUAAAGAGGUAUCAGCAGAAUCAAGAGAAGCUAAGAAUUAUCUGAAGAGCCAGAGCACCAAACUGAAGGAGAAUGAGGACGAAGAGAAGAGCUUAUCACCCAGCCAACCGCCGCUUCCUGGCCCCAGCACCAAGCGACCUCCAGGCAUGAUGAGCAUCCUGAGUCAUAUCGGGGGAAAGAAACAGAAAAUGACAACCCUGGAAAAGUCUAAGAUGGAUUGGGAGGCUUUUAAAUCAGAGGAGGGCAUCACUGAUGAGCUGGCUAUCCACAACAGAGGCAAAGAGGGGUACGUGGAGCGGAAGAAAUUCUUGGAGAGGGUCGACCAUCGUCAGUUUGAGUUAGAAAAAGCAGUGCGACUGAGCAACAUGAAACAAUGAUACAGACUGAUGGUGCACACACACACACACACACACACACACACACACACACACACACACACACACACAGACUUUGUGUAUUUUGCUUUCUCUCUCUCUGCUGACAGAGUUGGUAGUCCCCCAGUGAAGUGAGCUCCAGCUGGUGCUGUGGCUCCAGUAUAUUUCAAACUAAACUAACUGGUUAUUUAAAUAAUAAACUAGCUGGUAACUAAUAAACUAACUGGUUAUUUAAAUAACCAGUUAGUUUCGAACCUUGACACUGAAGAGGUUUGACACUUUUUGAAGAGUGUGGUCAUUCUUGCCUGUCCUACUCUUGAAAGGGUCUGAUUUAGAACUGUUAAUUAGUUUUAGUGUUAAAAAUAGUUCCGGUGUAUUUUGACUUUUAUCUUAUUGUUAUAGCUUUGUCCAUUAUUUCUGUCUGUGAUUGUAACAUUGUUCUCACCAUGGUGAUUGCUGAUAACUUGGAAAAGUGACAACUUAUUCCAUCUUGCAUGAACAUGUGCUCUGUAUCUGGAUGCCUUGCUUGGAAGAGCUACAGGUGUACAGGAGGAAAGAGUCAGGAGCAGGUAACCACACCCAGCUCUAAACAAACACAAGACAGAGCAGACACACAGAAACAGACCAAAAUGCACGGUAAUGCUGCUUGACACCAGUCUGUGUCUUAUCCAUUAUAUUAGAAGAGCAGACCUUAUGGCUGAUACCAGCCUGUCAUGAAGACAAAGACAGAGGAAGUGUUGGGAGAAAGUGAUUUAUGCAAACAAAAGAGAGAUAAUGGAAAGAAAAUUUGAUGUUUUGUUGGUUCAACUGUGUAGCCUUGAAGCAGUUUUCUGUUUAUUCAUGUAAAUUUCAUUAUCCAAUAAAUGCUAUGCUAGUUGUUUUUAUUUCAUCA